AGGCCUGCGUCCACUAUGGAGUUCGAGAUAUAAAGUCAUAUUAUCUUUCUUGAUUUUUCCUUUGGAUAUUUGUCCAUGGGAGCCCAAGCUUUGUGUGUAUAUAAAUGGACGAUCACCAACUCAAAAUCUCAUCACCGUCAGCCAAGUGAGCAUUGCAUCAUAGAGGAAAAAGAGUGCAGAAAGUUACGAGAGGGUUGCGUUGCGCGAUGAGCUCUUCCGUGGUUGUCCCGAUUCAAGAUGGAGGAGAAGGGGCCACUCCGAAGACGGCGGUGAAAAAGGGGAGCCUUGAGAAUAGUCUCUCGGUCGCCGUGAGUUCCCUGAGAGGAAUGAAGGGCGACCACGAUGUGAGAAGAGUGGUGCACAGUGUCAAGGUCGGGGUCGCGCUCGUUUUGGUUUCGCUUUUCUACCUUCUCGAUCCCCUCUACGAACGAGUCGGGGAAAAUGCCAUGUGGGCUAUCAUGACAGUCGUCGUCAUCUUCGAGUUCUUCGCAGGUGCGACAUUGAGCAAGGGAUUGAAUCGCGGGCUGGGGACUAUACUGGGUGGCGGGUUGGGGUGCAUAGCGGCGGUCUUGGCUCAAGAGAUUGGCGGGGUCGGGAACGCCAUUGUCAUCGGCACUGCAGUUUUCAUCUUUGGUGCUGCGGCUACGUAUGCUCGGUCGGUUCCUAGCAUAAAGAAGAAGUACGACUACGGUGCCAUGAUCUUCAUCCUCACCUUCAAUCUGGUGGUUGUGUCCGGCUUACGAGCCGGAGAGGUCAUGGGAAUAGCCCGCCAGCGCCUCUUGACGAUUGUGAUGGGGUUCGUGAUCUGCAUUUUCACGAACUUGCUCGUCCUCCCUAAUUGGGCUAGCGAUGAUCUUCACAUAUCUACUGCCUCCAAAUUCGAACACCUUGCCUGUUCAAUUGAAGGACUAUUGGAUAAGUACUUCGAGGCGGUGGCGGAUAAGGAAAACGAGGCUGACAGAAGCUUCAAAAUCUGCAAAUCGGUUCUGCAUUCGAAAGCAAAGGACGAGACCCUGGCGAAUUUUGCGAAAUGGGAACCGUGGCAUGGGAAGUUCGGGCUAUGUUAUCCAUGGGACAAGUAUCUGCAGAUUGGAGAGGUUCUUAGGGAGUUAGCAGCCACCAUCGUUUCACUUGAAGUUUGUAUUCGGUCUCCUAGGCAGCCGACCGCCAAUCUAAGACAGUUGAUCAAGGAACCUUGCGAGACGGCGGCGGCAUCCCUCACGUGGACUCUCCGAGAGCUUGGGGAGAGCCUCCUGAAGAUGAGAAGAUGCCAACCAGAAGCACUACUCUUGCCACAGCUCAAGUCGGCAAGGCAUGAGCUGAGGCAUCUCGUGUCUCCCUCCGAGCUCGGGCAUGUGUGCAACUUGGGCGAGGACCUCGCCGUCUCGACCUUCGUGUUUUUGCUCGCAGAGAUAGUGGAGAAGCUGGAGGGGCUGGCGAAGGAGGUGAAAGAGCUCGGCGAGCUCGCAGAAUUCAAGACUAACGAUCUGUAGUCGGGAUAUAUUCUAUAAGGAUCUAAUACCCGAUUAACUAUGACGAUUCAAACGAGCAUUUUGCCAAUCGUUUGCGCCGUGUUUCCCUAGGUAUAUGCAUACAUACGAGGAAGAUGAUUAGAAGGAGAAAAA